CAGCAAGUUCAACCAGUCUAACCUCUACCUAACUAUUUCAGUAGAAGCAAGAAAUAACUUUUUUACUUUAAACAUUGACAGUCUUUAUUCAACGACAAAUAUUAAUUUACAAAAGGGCAUCUACAAAUGUCACUGUUGACAUUCUGCUACAGUGUUCAGUUAAAAUCAAUAUUAUUUACAAAGUUCUUCUAACUGCAAGACAGUACAUUCGUUUAUAUGUGCACUUCCGGGUUCCAGUCAUGUGACAAACUGACGUCUGACGUCAUUACGUCUAUUUAUUUCUCUCUCUCUCUCUCUCUGUCUCUCUCUCUCUCUCUCUCUCUCUCUCUCUAAAUAAAUGUCAUUAACUUAUGCAGUCGAAAUAUUCAUUCUGCUUACGUAAAUUUAAUAUCAGUAUUACAAUUAUGUAAUGUAAGUAAUGUCGCGAAAAAGUGCUUGAAGAAACGUGUUUUUCUAACAACUGUUGUCAUAGCAACUUUUAUCUUGGAAUCUUUCAGCCAACAAAAGAGUACAACUGUUGCCCAAACACACCAUCUUGGUAAGAACAAAUUUAGCAGUCGUUUGAGAUGUUGAACAUUUAAAUGUUAAAAAAUAUUGUACAUCUAAUAUUACAGUCAUGCAGUUUUACAUUUUUCUAUUAUAAAGUAAUGAUCAGAAUGUUUCUGUGAUAUGAAAAAAAAAAAAAAAGACUUUCAGAAAAUGCAAGAGAUAUUAAUUUCAAAAGGAAGUAAAAUGGAUUCCCUGGGAGCCUACUGGGCAUAUUUGGUGAACUGCUCUCAAUCACUGAUCCUGGAUCAUGGCCACUGGGCAUCAGAGAGUGAGGAAGCCAGUGAUCUCCAGGACAUUGUGAUGGUCAAAAUGAGCAAUUUGCUUCUAAAGAAUCUAGAUCAGAUUGAAUAUUGCAGGACACUAAGGAUUUGCCUCUUGGCUGACAACUUUCUAACCAGGAUUGAAGCACUGAUGGAAUGCACACGUUUGGUGAAGUUAGAUCUAAAAGGAAAUCAGAUUGUUCAGAUCCCUGAUGCUUUGUGUUGGAGCCAUCUGAAAGAAUUACAAUUGCUCUAUCUACACGACAAUAACAUGGCAACCUGGAACCAUAUCAGGGGCUUGUCUGGCUGUUUAAACUUGACUGCAUUAACUCUCUACAAUACGCCAAUCAGUUUAAAGAACUUCAGACACUGUGUGGUCAACAACAUAUGGACACUGAAGGCCUUAGACAACUAUGUUAUCUCUGAUGAGGAAAUAAUCCAGGACUGGUUCCUUCCCUUUAAGUUCAAAGCAAUGAAACAACACUUUCAUGUCAAUUUGUAUCCAUCUUCAAAGUCGGAUUCAUUUGAGACAGAGAUGAAAGCGGUGUAUAAAAUAAUUGCUGAGAUAAACAGGAUUCAGGCCAUUUAUUCCCCUACACUUAUUAUACAACGCUGGAUUCGAGGCCAUUUAAUUAGAAAAAGUCUUGGUCUUUGUGGUACAAAGAAGCAGACAGGGCCUGAGAAACUGCUCACUCCCGUCCCACCUGUAAUGGCAGAAAAUGAGCAGGUAUCGUCUCAAUCCAGAGAAACCAUGAAACAGGAUACAGAUGACUACCAUGUGCUGACAAAGUCAUGGGGUGAGAGAGAUGUAGAGAUCAAAAGACUUCAUGUGAACUUAAAUAAGCUGAUGCAAACUGGCUACCCAGAGGAGGUUACCAAUGCUAAAUCAUUUGACAGUCAACAAGAGCUGAAUCCACCAUGUAACACCCCUCAGCCGAGUCUGAUAUCUCAAAGUCUAAUAUCUGAAGUUGAACUCAAAAUAUUUGAAUCAGGUACAGUUAACAGAGUAAAGUGACUUAGUUAAUCAAUAACUUUAAAAGACAAUUAUUUUAUUCAUUGAGAGCCUCUGUAUUGUAUGUCUUUAUGCCAAAGCUACUGGUGAUUUCUGUGAUGAAGUUGAGGAAGGAACCUUUCGUGUUUUGGGGCUGAAGGUGUCAGUCCACCAGACUGAGCCAUUGAGAGACAUGUUAUUGUCGCGUAAAGCUAGUGGACAGGACAUCCGUGAGGCCAU